AGCUUGGUUCACACAGGAACUACAUUUAGCACGAAAGAAAUUGUAAAAUUUGAAGCCUAUGUUUUUUUGACUCUCAGUUAACACAAAUUACUUAGUAAUAAAAAAUGGACGGUUUAGAAACCACAUACGAGGACUCCGUGGCCGUGGAGUUUAUUGAUUGUGGAACUUGCAACAAAUCCAUAAGAGGCGAUACCCUCUACAAAAUACACCUGACAACAAUUCAGCACAUAAAGAGAGAAGACUCCUUGGUUGCUUUGGGCCAAGUCUUCAGAGAUCAUGAAGUACCGGAUUUUAAAGACAUCAAAGAAUACUUUCAAUACUUAAAUCUGGAUGAGCCAAUCAUUGGGUUGAGUCAUCUGGAUGAGGUGGGUGGUUUAGACUCUGUUGACCCCCAGCCUGGACCCAGGUACAUUUGUAAGCUCUGUGAUGUAAAGGGCAACCUGCCAAAUAUGGCCAAUCAUGUUGUUGGGCGCAGACAUCGUCAGAAGUAUCUGGAGGUGAAACGGAAAGACUUGGUGACCUGGGACAGUAAGAGUAUAUUGGCUCAGCCUGGAAAGGUUGUACGGGCCAAGGCACAGGUGGUGGAGAGACAGGAUGGACAAGGAUCUCCAAAACCAUUGAGAAAUAACAGAAUUGUGGGUAAAUCCAACUUAUCAAAAGCUCCAGACAUGCAAAGAGGAAACCAAAAUUGGCCUCAGGGUAUCGGUAAACAAGGAUUCCUAGCUUACCCAGCAGACAGAAGAGAUCACCAUCUAGAACGUUUCUCUGGAAAUCGUCCUUAUCCUCAAGUCUUCCAUGAUGAAGAUGCUUAUGGUGCAGAGAGAGAAGAGGCUCAUUUCCGGAUGGACCCCCAAAGACGUGAAUAUACGGAGGAGCGGGUGCGAACUGCAGAUUACCAAAAAGAAGACUUUCAUAGACAGGAGUUUCUCGAAGAGCAUCCUCAAAGAAGAGAGUAUUUUGAUGAAGUACAAAGACGUGGCUACCCAGAAGAAGGUGCCCCAAUGCAUGGACACCCGAAGGACUUCCCGCCACGGCAGGCAUAUCCCAACGAUGCCCAUCCUGAGGAGGUUCUUCGCAGGAGACCGUACCAGGAAGACGAUCCUCUUAAACAGUUUUACUCACAAGAGGUUCAACGACGUGGAGCUGCUCGUUCUGUUGAAGAUUUUCAAGACGGGUCCUUCCGUGACCCUCGUGAACCUCGUGGUAGGGGCCCUCCUGCCGAUGAUUCUCAGGGGCCAGCCUAUCUUGGAGAAGCUCAUCAUUCUGCUGAGGGCAGUCGCUACGAAGACCUCCAUGGCAGAAGAUUUAAUGAGGAAGUGGCUAGUGGACGAAGGGCACCCGAGGACUCUUACACUGAGGAUACCCGUAGAGGAAACUACAUGGAAGAAGAGGCACAUCGAAGGGCCUAUCAGGAAGAAGACCUUCAUGGGUUAGCCUAUCCAGUAGCUGACCCACACAGGCUGUCUCAAGAAAGAGAUCCAAGUGGAGAUAUGUUCACCAGAGCAGCAGACCGACAGGCACAGAGUGCCCCAGAUGACAAUGAGCUGAGGUAUCCUAAACAACUGCAGGAUUCCAGUUCAUACAGCCAAGACCAUUUAUUUGAGCUUGUUAAAGCCUUUCGCCAGGAAGGGAGGGGCAAGCAUCAAGAAGAUAGGAGUCAGCACCAAGACGCGUUUGAGCGUGGAGAUCCUGGAAUGAGAGGCUUUCCUCAGAGACCACCAGAGGGUGGCAGAGUAAGAUCAGACAUUCCAGAACCUUUCAGGCGCUUCCUGGCAGGCGCCAUGGACGACAAAAACGCCGGGAAGAGAAAGAGGAAAAGCCGGUUCUCUGAUGCCACUGAUGAGGAGAUUGACUUGGUGAAGAGAAUGCAGGUUGAUGGGCAUAGAGGACCAAGAACAGACCUUCCAGCCAGGCCAUCGGGUGUCUAUCAGGGAGGAAACUACAUAGAAUCAAGCUCCAAACCCAUGUCAGAUUCGUCUUCAGAUGCCGGAAAUGUUAUGGAUGUAUUGAACAACAUAGAAAUUGAGAACGUGGAAGAGGCCAACUUCCUGAAGGAAAAACUCUGCAACCUUCUGAAAGAAUUUCAAGCCAAAAAAUCAGAGAAGACUGCGCAAGAAAGUCAAAGGCCAGGAACAAUUUCCAAAGACUAUAACCACAAGAGCAAUCCCCAGGUGGAAUCUACCAGAGACCACUAUGAGAGAACCUUGAGAGACAUGCCACAGGAAAGAAAAUAUACGGUCCAGCCCAGACGAACAAACAAAUUGUAUUUCACAGAAGCUCCCCAGGGUUCCUACAGGGGCAGGUCCAGGGAGCAGGGCGGGCACAUGGAGACACACGGUCACACCACCGGUCCCGAAUCCAUAAAUACAAGCAGAAGCCGUUAUGAAGAUGUGUUUGGACAGGUUGAACAGUAUCCAACGUCCAGUGCUCAACCUGAAAAAUCAAUGGUGUAUCAUGAGAGACCGGAGGACCAUGUGUACCAAAAUGACUAUGUAACCGCCGCUCCAGGGGCCCUCUAUAACCACCUGGCACAUACAGACCAUGCGCACAGGGAGCGUGGCUACAGGAUGCCCUCUGCCCCACACCCCCCCACCAGCCUUGACAAAAUCACCUCCACCCUCUUGGAACUAGUUGCACGGAAAUCAUAAUUGUUAAAACUUCAUUUGUAUUUUCUUUCUGCAUUGUAAACUCCUUUUAUCAAUGAUUUUUUUGGACACAAAAAGUCUGACGUCAAUGAAAUUAUUUUAGUAAAGUUUAAAUAUAAUUUGACAGACACCGGUUAGACAGUAGUGGGUCAAUGGAAAUCUUGGACUGAAAUGAGAAACAAACAAAUGGUUUGGGCUGGGUUUUGUUUUGUAUUCCAGCAGUUGAUAUGAAAACAAGUGUUUACUACUCUUGAGUUUUUUGUUAUAGAAGCACAAUUCAUGGUUACUUCACUGGUUUGGGCUGGGUUUUGUUUUGUAUACCAGCAGUCUAUAUUAAAACAAGUGUUUGCUGCUCCUGA